AUCCCGGGUGGGAACUUUGAAGCGAGUCCAGGCCCGUCCCGGGACGCGGCAGUUUGCCGUUGCGGAGGGAAGGCCGAGUGCGGCCUUGGUCGGUGGCCCCCCGUGCUUUCCCCGUUAUCGAAGCUCCGUCCGCAGGGCGAGUGACGGCAGUAGAGGCUGACCAUGUCCAGGAAUUUCUCUGACACAAGUAACAGAAAAGAACAUGUCAAAGUUACAAGUGACAAUCAACCAGGAUUCCUGGAGCGUCUCAGUGAGACUUCUGGGGGAAUGUUUGUUGGAUUAGUGACAUUCUUACUCUCCUUUUACCUGAUUUUCACCAAUGAGGGCCGAGCCUUGAGGACGGCGACAUCUCUGGCCGAGGGGCUUUCUCUUGUGGUCUCCCUUGACAGCAUUCACUCAGUGGCUCCAGAAAAUGAGGGGAGGCUUGUACACUUGAUCGGUUCCCUUCGAACAUCAAAGCUCCUUUCUGAUCCAAACUAUGGGAUCUACAUUCCAGCUGUGAAAUUGAAGCGACAAGUGGAAAUGUACCAGUGGGUGGAGUAUGAAGAAUCCAGGGAAUAUAAAGAAGAUGGUCAAGUGAAGACGGAAAGAAAAUACUCAUAUAAUACUGAAUGGAAAGCAGAAGUUGUGAAUAGCAGGAACUUUGAUCGAGAGAUUGGUCAUAAGAACCCCAGUGCUAUGGCUGUGGAAUCAUUUACUGCAGUUGCUCCUUUUGUCCAGAUUGGCAGAUUCUUCCUUUCAGCUGGUCUCAUUGACAAGAUUGACAACUUUAAACCCCUGAGCCUGUCCAGAUUGGAGGAUCCGCACGUGGACAUCAUUCGGAGAGGAGACCACUUCUACCACAGUGAGAACCCCAAGUAUCCAGAGGUUGGAGACAUCCGAGUUUCCUUUUCCUAUGCAGGGUUAAGUGGAGAUGACCCCAAUUUGGGCCCAUCUCAUGUGGUGACUGUGAUAGCUCGCCAAAGGGGAGACCAGCUGGUUGCCUAUUCCACCAAAUCUGGGGAUUCGCUGCUGCUUUUGCACCAUGGGGACUUUUCGGCCGAGGAGGUAUUCCAGAAGGAGCACCAGAGCAACACAAUGAAGACCUGGGGCCUGCGAGGCGCGGGCUGGCUAGCUAUGUUUGUCGGCAUCAAUCUCAUGACUAGAAUUCUUUAUACUCUGGUGGACUGGUUUCCCCUCGUCCGCGAUCUGGUCAACAUCGGACUGAAGGCGUUUGCCUUUUGUGUGGCCACCUCCCUGACUCUGCUGACCAUUGCCGUUGGCUGGCUCUUCUACCGUCCCCUCUGGGCUGUGUUCAUCGGCUUGCUGGCUGCAGUUCCCAUCAUCAUCGCCCGAUCCCGGGUGCAAGCGAAGAAGCACGACUGAAGGUGGCUCCAGUUUCUACUCUUUCUGCCUUCACCAUGAUGAAGUAGGGCAGGAGAGUUUUACCCCUAAGGAGCAUCUGUCACAGUUCAAGCCCUCCCAGCAGUCUGACAGCCAUUUUGUCAACAACUCUGGGCGCCAAAGUAUCUGCAUGGGACCUUUUUAAAAAAAUCUUUCAUUCUCCCUCCAGAGGAUAACAGCCUGGGGAUCAGCUGGUUUAAAGCCUCCCUCUCUUCUUUCUAACAGCUUUUGGCAAGUAGGAGCGGUGCUUUUGGCUGGGCAAGAGGCUUUUUUGUUGUUGCUGUACUUGACCCUUUGGCCAGAUAGAGCUAAAGGAACUGGCCUUUCACACAAGGCAAGAUCCUCUAAUAAAAUGUGUUAAUUGUGCAAAGUAUUAUCAACCUACCCUACUAGUGAAAAGACUGGGGGGGCCAGAGGUGUGCCACACUUGUGGAUGAACGAACUUGAGCUUUGGUAUAAAGUUCAUAACUCGUUCUCUUUAGUAGGUUAUUUCCCAGUUUGCCCCUGUUGGGAAUAACAGUGUUGCUUCCAUAUCCUAUUUUAAGAAGAAAAUUACUUUAGGUCAGAGAUUUGAGUUUUCUUUCUCAUUUAACUGUUGUCAACAUUUCAGGCUGUUACACAACAAUACAUGCAGCUCUCUCUUUGAAAAUUAGUUCUGUGUAGAUGUAGAAAAAUAUUAUUCCUGCCUAGUAAAGCUUUGUGUGUGGGUUUUUAUUUUAAUUAUUUAAAGGAAUGUUUUUCACUGGGUAAAAUGACCAUUCAGGCAUUUUUCCCUGCAAUUUUCCUGUUUGUCAAUCUUGAAGUCAAACGUCACUUGGCCAAAAUCGUUAGUGAAAAAUUUUUUUUUUUUUUGUGUGUGUGGGGUGGGACUAGGAGGGAAGAUAGGAAAAAGGGAAGAGGGCAGUAGGGAAAUGGUCUUCACAUUUAUCCUAAUUAUACGCUUUAUGAAAUCUUCAAUGCAAUUUUUGGCAAAAUAGUUAUUUACUUGAAAACAGUUAUGAGUUUCUUGGGUGGGCAGGACUAGAUGAAGCUUUAAAAAGAAAGGGUUAGAAAUUGAACCAAAGGUAUCUAACUACAAUAUGGUGCUGUUUGAGUUCCUUGGAGUUACUUUUUGGCAGAGACUUUUUUUUAUAAACAGGGAAAAGAAGUGGGACAUCAGUAGGAAAGGAAGGGUCUCGCUAUGGUUAUUAGAGAGUGUCAUGGAAAUAGGUUAUCUCUUGUGGGAACUGCUGAGGUUGUAUUUUACCCAUUUGGGUGAUUGAGGGGAGAAGCCUGGAUACAGGCUACCUAAUCUAAAUGCUGUUAGUAAAAAUUUUUCUGGUGUGGGUUACCUGUUGCCAUAACAUAACUGGCAACAAACGAUCCCCACCCGUCCAACCCAGUAAACUCAAGCAAUCCUCCUUUCUCAAUCACUUUCCCACCCUUUUGAAGAUAAUGAUGUUGUAACCUCAGAGUUAGGAAGGUUCAUGGUAUGUUUUCUUCUGUUAAAUAUUCAGAAAUGAUUCUCUUCUAGAUCAGUUAGGAUUCCGGUAUGGAGUAAGACAUGUUGAAGCCUAGUAUAUCAUUGGUUCUUAUGUUCACCUUCCGUACCUCGGGAGCAUGGCCAAUGUCAAGAAUCCUCAUUACAUUUUUUUUUUGAAUUGUGCUCUUUCUACUUAGUAACUAAAAUAAGUUAGAGUGGUUACUUCUUGUUGGGUAAGCAGUAAACAUUGGGUGUUGCUCUUCCUCUCAUUUACAUUUGAAACUCUUGAAAGAUGGUUCAUGAACACAAGUAACUUCCAGUUGUCAACACUGAAGAACAAUGGCGAUUUGGAAAGCAGUUUGUCUGUAUCUGCUCUUUCCUGCAAGUUCCAAAAGUCUGCCGAUUUCUAAAUUGCUCUCGAGCUAAAAUAUUGUUAAUGUCAUUUUGAAAAUGGUUGGGAUGCUUCAGUGGAAACUGAAUACUGACCUUUUGGGUUUCUAAGAAGAAUAAAUUUCUUAAAAUUUCUCAAAUGUCUCUGCAUCAAGACUGUAAUAUGAGAUGUUUCCUUUUUUGCAGCCUUUACCAAUUAAAAUGAGUUUUGAAAGUA